AGGUCGGUACACUUGAUAGUCUUGUGGCCUUAUCAGAUGACUUAGUGAAGCUAGACCCUUACGUUGAGGGUGUCGUUAAAAAGAUUACCACUAUGCUACACGAUCUACUAGAGGACCAUCUGGACAAACUUGGCGAGAGUAUGACGGCUGAUAAUCUUCCAGUGGAAGAAUAUGUCAGACGUUUCCAAUGGGACAUCCGCAAAUAUUCCGUCAAGAACUCCACACGUGACUUGGUAGAUGAUAUUGUGGCGAAGGUUACAGAGGUCGAAAACGAGCUCAAAGCCAAGCAGCUGCAUUAUACCACGGUCAAAAAUGCAUUAAAUGGUAUUGAGCGUGGAAACCAAGGGACACUCUUGGCCAGGAACCUGGUCAACGUGGUGAAUGCCGAGGACGUGAUUGUGGGAUCUGAGCACUUGCAGUCAGUCAUUGUGUGCGUGCCUACAUCAGCCUCUAGAGAGUGGCAAGAGUCCUACGAGAAACUCACUGAUAUGGUCGUGCCUAAAUCUGGACGCAAGAUCAUAGAAGAACAGGAUUACGAGCUUUGGUCCGUCACACUGUUCAGACGUGUCGCUGAGGACUUCAAGAACGCCGCGAGAGAGAAAAAGUUCAUAGUUAGAGACUUUGAAUUUGAUCCCCACGCCAAACAAAACGCUGCCAAGACACGGAAGACGAUGGAAAUGGAGCUCAAGAAACAGUGGAGUGGACUGGUGCGUUGGGGCAAGACAUACUUCAGCGAAUGCUUCACGUCGUGGAUGCACAUUAAGGCGAUUCGCCUAUUUGUUGAGAGUGUGCUGCGAUAUGGUCUACCUGCCAAUUUCCAGGGCAUGCUGCUAUCGCCACACAAGAAGAAAGAUAAGCAACUCCGCACUUCACUAGAGGACCUGUACCAGCAUCUGGAGAACCGGUCGGGACAAGACAGCAAGGGGGCAAACAACGAAGACGACGCACCUGCCGGUCUAGGAGUAGGGGACUACUAUCCCUAUGUAUACAUAGGCUUCUCACUGGGCUUUAUCGAGAAGGCGAAGAACUAGCUAGCUUUUCAUAUGCCGCAUUACAUGUCUCGAGUAAGGAGAAUGUACACACCCUCAUCACAUCUGUAUGUGAGUAUUCCCUGCAGUGUCAGAUUGUGUUUCAGCACAUUCUGGAGGGCAGAGGAAGUAAAGUGAGCAAUAGUAUGAAGAAGGAAAAUGUAGUUGAGUUGUUGGGUCUGGUGAUUAAAAGAAAAAUUUGCAAUACACAAGGA